AUGUAUAUGGCCCUACUGGAAACGAAAUUCCUUCCAGGACCAUGUAAUCAGCAGUCCUGUCUGAAUGGAGGUACCUGCUAUGCGGGCGUGAAUUCUAGUCAUUGGUGUAGGUGUCUCCCAACCUAUAAAGGUAGCCGAUGUGAAGAGCCGAAAUGCGGAAAGGAGUGUCAAAAUGAGGGCGUCUGCCUUUCACACGACAACGUCACCUUCAGCUGUCAAUGUCCGUUA